AGAGGCCAAGCAUUGUGCAGAUUAAACAAGACCACACGUGUGUAUAUAGAUUGAUGGGUGUCAGAAGCAGCAAGACGGUGGAUCCAGUGGUGAGCAGGAGAUACUCCUCGGAAUCAGAGGCGAUGCUUGUGGUGAGGCGAAGACCGCAUAUGGUGAAUGGAGGAGGAUUCGUAGUGAGUAAUAGCAAGCAACAAGUAGUGUUUACAGUUGAGGGGUGUGGAGUUCUUGGAACCAAAGACAAGCUUGUCUUGAAAAAUGGUGAUGGUGAUGAUUUGCUUCUCAUCCGCAAAAUGGGAGGAAUGGUGCAAGCACUGAACAUGGUACACAAGAAAUGGGAAGGUUUUGGAUACGAUAAAGAAGGAACAGAGAAGCUGCUUUUCACAUUGAAGGAUCCAAAAGAAUCAUGUCUGGUUCAUCACGGUUUAAUCAAAAUUUUGGUUCACGGUAAACCAAAGAUAUCAACCUGCAAUGUCUAUAACAACAACUAUGUCCAGAUCAAAGGCUCUUUCGCAGAAAAAGACUGUAACAUCAUGGAUUCAGAUGGCAGAAACAUAGCUCAGGUAAAGAUAGAGAAAGAAAUGGAGGAGAUGGUGGGGAACAAGAAGGAUCUUUAUAAUAUAAUAGUCAAAGCAAAUGUGGAUCAAGCUUUCAUCGUCGGUGUCAUUGCUAUACUCGACUACAUCCAUGGCGAAUCCACUAUUUGUUGAUCCUUUUCAAUUUUCAAUUUCAAUACAAUAAAUAUAUAUCUAAUAUAUGUCCAAGACGUGACAUAUUAUUAUUAAACCAUAUAACAUUGUAAAACAUUUGAAACUCACAACAAACAAACAACAAUGUUUACAUAAUCAUAACGAUCGAAUCUGCAAUUCAGUUUUAGAAAUUUUAACAUUAUUUAAAAUCAAGCACAAGCGCAAGGAUUAUCCACCGCCACGUCAGCAGCACCGUCCUCAGAUCUGAAAACUAAGUAUCCGACGGUUAACCCGACGACGAUCGCGAUGAAAACGCCUCCGUUGAAGGACAUAGCCGCGAGCAUGAGCAAGUACCCGAUCGCGGCGUUGACGCCGAAGAGGAGCACGGAAGCAGCUUUGGCGGCGGAUCUGGUCCCCGAUUUGGGGAUGAGAGGGGCGGAGACGCCGGUUCGUGGACGCGUGGAUGAGAGGGAUCUGAAUUGGAGGCGGCGGUUCUCGAGGUACUGGUAGAAGGCGGCGAAGACGAAGCAGGCGAGUAGAGUGAGGAUGUAACUGAGCCAUGAAUCGGUUUUCCAGAAAUCGAAGAGGAUUGUGGCUUUGAUUCCCCAGUAGAAGGUCAUGUGCAUCAUCUUUGCGAUUGGGGUUUGAGAUUCUUCUUUUGAUCGUUUCGUCUCUGAUAAGGCUGAAGAAGGUGAAGAUCGGAAAGCUGUUGAAGUGGUUGUUGACUAGAUAAGUAUUGUUCUGGGCUCAGAUUAUAAGCCCAGUGGGCUUACACUAACGAACUUGGUUCUAGAAAAAAUUGAAGCAAACCGAAUGAACUUAACCAAAUGUUGGUUAUCACUUCACUCUUCAUACACUUUUUUUUUUUUUAUAACACUGGUGCAAUGGUACAAAGAAAAUUCCAAAAU